ACUUAUGUAAAAGUAACAGGUCUGGGGACAGCCCUGAUGAGAGCCAUGAGCCCAGUUUCUCUUCUAACCAGGACUAGGGUUACACAUUGGCUAUUGGAAGGGGGAGAAAAAGUUAUUUUAAUGGUUUACUUUCUCUAGUUGGAGCAGAAGGGCCUUCUCAGGUCUGAAUCCCGGGGGAUCAGACCAAUAUUGAGACCACCAUGUCAAGUUUAUAGGAAUGGCAGCACCUCAGGGUAAUAGGUUCUCUCAUGUUUGGAAAUCUAGCUGUGCAAGAUAUUAGGAAUAAGCUGUUUCAAGCUUUUUUUCCCAGGCUUCACCAGAGCAGGACAUUGGAUGAGAUUAAAUGGCUGCCUUUUCCAACCUGACCAUAUUUUUCCUGGUAACCUCCACUGUGGCACAUACUGUUUUUUCAGAAGUCUUCAAGCCAAAAAAUAUAGCUAAAUGGCCUAAGCCCCCAUGUAAAAUGUACUACCCACAGGGUCCUUUUUAUGAUUCAAAAUGUCCGAAUAUAACGUCAUACGUCUGUGCUACAAACGGCCACACUUACCAGAAUGAGUGUUUCUUUUGUGUCGAUCAGUGGUAAGUUGAAAAUAAAAUAGCAUUAUUUUUUCCUCUAUACUUAUUCACAGAAAUAUCAAAUAAUCUUAGCCCAGGAGCUGGAUUUACUGAUGGAUGAGACUUUUGAAAAUAA